GCUCGGGCCCGCAAAGCGCGAUGGUGACUUGGCGGCGGGACGGCCGGCUGACGGGCAGCCAACGGCUGCUGUGCGCCGGGCUGGCGGGAGCGCUGAGCCUCAGCCUCACCGCGCCGCUGGAGCUCGCCACCGUGCUGGCCCAGGUCGGCGUCGUGCGGGGCCGCGCCCGGGGGCCGGGGGCCGCGGGGCUCCGGGUGUGGCAGGCCGAGGGGCCCCGGGCCCUGUGGAAGGGGAACGCGGUGGCGUGCCUGCGCCUCUUCCCCUGCAGUGCCGUGCAGCUCGCCGCCUACCGCAAGUUUGUCAUGCUGUUCACUGAUGACUUGGGCCAUAUUUCCCAGUGGAGUUCCAUCAUGGCUGGGAGUCUCGCAGACAUGGUUUCCACCAUUGUGAUAUAUCCUACAGACCUCAUCAAAACCCGGUUGAUUGUGCAGAACAUGCUGGAACCAUCUUACAGGGGGAUCCUCCAUGCUUUUUCUACUGUUUAUCAACAGGAAGGAUUCCUGGCCCUUUAUCGAGGAGUUUCCCUUACUGUUUUAGGUGCUCUCCCCUUCUCUGCUGGCUCCCUCCUCGUUUACACAAACCUGGAGAAAAUCUGGAAUGCACCCCAAGAUCGGUUCUCUCUCCUCCAGAACUUUGCCAAUGUCUGCCUGGCUGCUGCAGUGACCCAGACCCUCUCCUUUCCCUUUGACACAGUGAAGAGAAAGAUGCAGGAACCAUUUCCGCUCCCCUACGACACCCAACCUCACUCUAGGGGCUGAGCACCUCCUGAGACUGGAGCUUCUGGGCACUAGAGGGCACCACACAGAAAUAUGAAACGUCAAAAGAACAUGAUUCAGACCAAAAUCUCACAAACCCCAGAAAAAGGGCCUAAUGAAACUGAACUCACCAAUCUGCCUGAAAGAGAGUUCAAAAUAAAAAUCAUAAACAUGCUUAUGGAGGUACAGAAAAAUAUUCAGAAACUCAGGAACGAAUUUAAGUCGGAGAUUCAAUCAUUAAGAAAUUCUGUAUCUGAAGUGAAACAUACAAUGGAGGAAUUUAAAAGCAGAUUAGAUGUAGAAGAAGAGAUGGUAAAUGGAAUAGAAAUUAGAGAAGAGGAAUAUAAAGAAGCUGAGGCACAAAGAGAAAAAAGGAUCUCUAAUAAUGAAAGAAUAUUGAGAGAAUUUUGUGAUGAAUCCAAAUGGAAGAAUAUUCAUAUUAUAGGGGUACCAGAAGAAGAAGAGAGAGGAAAAGGGAUAGAAAGUGUCACAGAGGAGGUAAUUGCUGAAAACUUCCCCAAUCUGGGGAAGGAGAUAGUCUCUCAAGCCAUGGAGGUGCACAGAUCUCCCAACACAAGGGACCCAAGGAAGACAUCAAGACAUAAUAAUUAAAAUGGCAAAGAUCAAGGAUAAAGACAGACUUUUAAAAGCAGCUAGAGAGAGAAAAAAGAUCACAUAUAAAGAAAAACCCAUCAGGCUAUCAUCAGACUUCUCAACAGAAACCUUACAGGCCAGAAGGGAGUGGCAAGAUAUAUUUAAUGCAAUGAAGCAGAAGGGCCUUGAAACAAGAAUACUCUACCCAGCAAGGUUAUCAUUUAAAUUUGAAGGAGGAGUUAAACAAUUUCCAGAUAAGAAAAAGUUGAGAGAAUUUACCUCCCACAAACCACCUUUAUAGUGCAUUUUGGAUGGACUGCUAUAGAUGGAAGUGUUCCUUCCUAAGGCUAAAUAGAUGUCACCCAAGGGAUAGGCAAAGAGUACAGAAUAUGAUUCAUAACAUACAAAGAAUGGAGGAUGAAAAAGUAGGAAAACAAAAAAAGAACCUUUCAGCUGUGUUUAUAAUAGCACACAAAGUGAGUUAAAUUAGACUGAUAGUAACCUUUGGUAACCACGAAUCUACAGCCUGCAAUGGCAAUAAGUACAUGCCUAUUGAUAAUCACCCUAAAUGUAAAUAGUCUGAAUGCACCAAUCAAAAGACAUAGAGUCACUGAAUGGAUUAAAAAACAAGACCCAUGUAUAUGCUGCCUACAAGAGACUCACUUCAAACCCAAAGACAUACACAGACUGAAAGUAAAGGGAUGGAAAAAGAUAUUUCAUGCAACUAACAGGGAGAAAAAAGCAGGAGUUCCAGUACUUAUAUCAGACAAAAUAGACUUCAAAACAAAGAAAGUCACAAGAGACAAAGAAGGACAUUACAUAAUGAUAAAGGGGUCUGUCCAACAAGAGGAUGUAACUGUUAUAAAUAUCUAUGCACCCAACACAGGAUCACCUACAUAUGUGAAACAAAUACUAACAGAACUGAAGGAGGAAAGCAGUGCAUUACUUUUAGGAGACUUCAACACACCACUCAUGCCAAAGGACAGAUCAACCAGACAGAAAAUAAGUAAAGAGACAGAGACACUGAACAACAUAUUAGAACAGAUGGACCUAAUGGACAUCUACAGAACACUCCAUCCAAAAGCAACAGGAUGCACAUUCUUCUCAAGUGCACAUGGAACAUUUUCAAGAAUAGAUCAUAUACUAGGCCACAAAAAGAACCUCAGUAAAUUCAAAAAGAUUUAAAUUGUACCAACCAGCUUCUCAGAUCACAAAGGUAUGAAACUAGAAAUAAAUUACACAAAGAAAAUGCAAAGGCCCACAAACACAUGGAGGCUUAAUAACAUGCUCCUAAAUAAUAAAUGGAUCAAUGACAAAACAAAAACAGAGAUCAAGCAAUAUAUGGAGACAAAUGACAACAAUGAUUCAACAACACAAAAUCUAUGGGACACAGUGAAGCCCAUGCUAAGAGGGAAAUAUAUUGCAAUACAGGCCUACCUCGGGAAAGAAGAACAAUCCCAAAUGAACAGUCUAAACUCACAAUUAAUGAAACUAGAAAAGGAAGAACAAAGGAGGCCCAAACUCAGUAGAAGGAGGGACAUAAUAAAGAUUAAAGCAGAAAUAAAUAAAAUUGAGAAGAAUAAAACAAUAGAAAGAAUUAAUGAAAGGAGAAGCUGGUUCUUCGAGAAAAUAAACAAAAUAGAUAAACCCCUAGCUAGACUUAUCAAGAAAAAAAGAGAGUCUACACACAUAAAAAACAGAAUCAGAAAUAAAAAAGGAAAAAUCACUACAGAAACCACAGAAAUACAAAGAAUUAUGAGAGAAUACUAUGAAAAAGUAUAUGAUAACAAACUGGAUAACCUAGAAGAAAUGGACAAUUUUCUAGAAAAAUAAAACCUUCCAAGGCUGACCCAGAAAGAAACAGAAAAUCUGAAUAGACCAAUUACCAGCAAAGAAAUUGAAUUGGUAAUCAAAAAACUACCUAAGAACAAAACCCCUGGACCAGAUGGUUUCACUGCUGAAUUUUAUCAUUUAGUGAAGACCUAAUACCCAUCCUCCUUAAAGUUUUCCAGAAAGUAGAGGAGGGAAUACUCCCAAAGUCAUUCUACGAGGCCAACAUCACUUUAAUACCAAAAUCAAGGAAAGACACCACAAAAAAAGAAAAUUACAGACCAGUAUCCCUGAUGAACAUAGAUGCGAAAAUACUCAACAAAAUAUUAGCAAACCAAAUUCAAAAAUACAUCAAAAAGGUCAUCCAUCAUGAUCAAGUGGGAUUCAUCCCAGGGAUGCAAGGAAGGUACAACAUUCGAAAAUCCAUCAACAUAACUACAUCAACAAAAAGAAGGACAAAAACCACAUGAUCAUCUCCAUAGAUGCUGAAAAAGCAUUUGACAGAAUUCAACAUCCAUUCAUGAUAAAAACUCUCAACAAAAUGGGUAUAGAUGGCAAGUACCUCAACAUAAUAAAGGCCAUCUAUGAUAAACCCACAGCCAACAUUAUACUUAACAGCCAGAAGCUGAAAGCUAUUCCUUUAAGAUGGGGAACAAGACAAGGAUGCCCACUCUCCCCACUUUUAUUCAACAUAGUUCUGGAGGUCCUAGCCACGGCAAUCAGACAACACAAAGAAAUAAAAGGCAUCCAGAUAGGCAAGGAAGAAGUCAAAUUUUUCCUGUUUGCAGAUGACAUGAUACUCUACAUAAAAAACCCUAAAGAAUCCACUCCAAAACUACUAGAUCUAAUAUCUGAAUUCAGCAAAGUUACACAAUACAAAAUUAAUACACAGAAAUCUGUUGCUUUCCUAUACACUAAUGAUGAACUAACAGAAAGAGAAAUCAGGAAAACAAUUCCAUUUACAAUUGCAUCAAAAGGAAUGAAAUACCUAGGACUAAACCUAACCAAGGAAGUGAAAGACCUGUAUGCUGAAAACUGCAAGACACUCUUAAGAGAAAUUAAAGAGGACACUAAUAAAUGGAAAUUCAUCCCAUGCUCUUCGCUAGGAAGAAUUAAUACUGUCAAAAUGGCUAUCCUGCCUAAAGCAAUCUACAGAUUCAAUGCAAUGCCUAUCAAAAUACCUACAGCAUUCUUCAAUGAACGAGAGCAAAUAGUUCUAAAAUUCAUAUGUAAUAACAAAAGACACCGAAUAGCCAAAACAAUCCUGAGAAGGAAGAAUAAAGCAGGUGGAAUUACACUCCCUGACUUCUAGCUCUACUACAAAGCCACAGUAAUCAAGACAAUUUGGUACUGGCACAAGAACAGGCCCAUAGGCCAGUGGAACAGAUUAGAGAGUCCAGACAUAAACUCAAGCAUAUAUGGUCAAUUAAUAUGUGCUCAAGGAGCCAUGGAUACACAAUGGGGAAAUGACAGCCUCUUCAACAGCUGGUGUUGGCAAAACUGGACAGCUACAUGUAAGAGAAUGAAACUGAAUUACUGUCUAACCCCAUACACAAAAACUCAAAGUGGAUCAAAGACCUGAAUGUAAGUCAUGACACCAUAAAACUCUUAGAAAAAAAUAUAGGCAAAAAUCUCUUGGACAUAAACAUGAGCAACUUCUUCAUGAGCAUAUCUCCCCAGGCAAGGGAAACAAAAGCAAAAAUGAACAAAUAGGACUACAUCAAACUAAAAGGUUAUGUACAGCAAAGGAUACCAUCACUCGAACAAAAAGACAUCCUACAGUAUGGGAGAAUAUAUUCCUAAAUGACAUAUCCAAUAAGGGGUUGACAUCCAAAUUGUAUAAAGAGCUCAUGCACCUCAACAAACAAAAAGCAAAUAGUCCAAUUAAAAUAUGGGCAGAGAAGCUGAACAGACACUUCUCCAAAGAAGAAAUCCAGAUGGCCAACAGGCACAUGAAAAGAUGCUCCACAUCGCUAAUCAUCAGAGAAAUGCAAAUUAAAACCACAAUGAGAUAUCACCUCACACCAAUUAGGAUGGCCACCAUCCAAAAGACAAACAACAACAAAUGUUGGCAAGGAUGUGGAGAAAGGGGAACCCUCCUACACUGCUGGUGGGAAUGUAAAUUAGUUCAGCCAUUGUGGAUAGCAGUAUGGAGGUUCCUCAAAAAAUAAAAAUAGAAAUACCAUUUGACCCAGGAAUUCCACUCGUAGGAAUUUACCCUAAGAAUGCAGGAGCCCAGUUUGAAAAAGACAUAUGCACCCCUAUAUUUAUCGCAGCACUAUUUACAAUAGCCAAGAAAUGGAAGCAACCUAAGUGUCCAUCAGUAGAUGAAUGGAUAAAGAUGUGGUACAUAUACCCAAUGGAAUAUUAUUCAGCCAUAAGAAGAAAAGAAAUCCUACCAUUUGCAACAACAUGGAUGGAGCUAGAGGGUAUUAUGCUCAGUGAAAUAAGCCAGGCAGAGAAAGACAAGUAUCAAAUGAUUUCACUUAUCUGUGGAGUAUAAGAGCAAAGAAAAAACUGAAGGAACAAAACAGCAGCAAACUCACAGAACCCAAGAAUGGACUAACAGUUACCAAGGGAA